GUUAGCAGUGAUGAUUAAGUGUUGAGACCGAGCACAGAGCACUUGCGUCAUGUGCAGCAGACCUGCAACAAAUCCUUGAGAUGCUCACGCAUGCUAUUAACUAUUGUAAGCAUGUGUAACUCGCAGAAGAUAAUAAAAUGUUGCGACUGAAAGCUGCUCAGUUCCUUCGUCCACCUUCAGCCAUGGAAGACUGGCUCUACCACUCCCUCUCCAUCACCUUCUGCCUUGCCGUCUCCCUCCUCCUCUCUUCCCUCCGGCCAGUCACCGGAAAGCCGCCGCUCCCGCCCGGUCCUCCACUGCUAUCACUGAUUGGUCCGCUCAUCUUCCUUGGCCGGACCAACUUCAGCAUCGAGCGGAUCAUCAGCGCCGCCCGGUCCCGGUACGGCCCGGUCUUCACCCUCUACCUGCUCCCGUCUCGCCCGGCCAUCUUCGUCGCCGACCAUGCCGUGGCGCACCGUGCCCUGGUACAGCGUGGCGCGGCGUUCGCCGACAGGCCGCCGGCCAACCUCCCGUCCCGGAUUUUCUCCAGCAACCAGCACAACAUCACCUCCGGCGCGUAUGGCCCGCUCUGGCUCGUGCUCCGGCGCAACCUCACCGGCAAGGUGUUCCAGCCGUCGCGCCUACGCCGGUUCGCCGGUGCUCGCCGGCGCGCCGUGGCGGGGCUCGUCGCCGGCGUCACUCGGCAAAUGAGCGCCGACGGGGUAGUUGUCGUCGAGGGGCUCUUGCACCGGGCCAUGUUCCGCGUGCUCACCAGCAUGUGCUUCGGCGAGGGACUCGCCGCCGACGGCGUCGUCGCGUCCGUCGAGGCGCUGCAGAGGGAGUUCUUGACGUCGGCCAUCGGCUUCCAGGUGUUCGGCGUGUGCCCCGCGGUCACCAAGCUCGUGUUCCGGCGCCGGUGGAAGAGGAUGCUGUCUCUCCGGCACCGGCAGGAGGAGCUGUUAGUCCCUCUCAUACGAGCGUGCCGAGCGCAACGCGACACCGCCGUCGCCGGCGACAGCGCCGCCGUUGACUCCUACGUUGACUCUCUCCUCGGCCUCCGAAUCCCCGAAGACGGAGGAACCCGGAAUCUCACUGAUGGCGAGAUGGUGAGCUUGUGCUCCGAGUUCCUGGUCGCCGGCACCGACUCCACGGCGGCGGUGGUGCAGUGGAUCAUGGCGAACCUCGUGGCGCAGCCGGAGAUCCAAGGAAGGCUCCGGGCUGAGAUACGCCAGGUCGCCGGCGCGAGUAUCCAAGAAGAGCACCUGCCGCGGAUGCCGUUCCUCCGCGCCGUCGUGCUGGAGGGGCUCCGGCGCCACCCGCCGGGCCACUUCGUGCUGCCGCACGCGGCGACAGAGACCGACGGCGGCGGCGUGACGCUCGAGGGCUUCAGCGUGCCGAGACACACGUCGGUGAACUUCACGGUGGCCGGGAUGGGGCUGGACGAGGCGGUGUGGCCGGACGCGCGGCGGUUCCGGCCGGAGCGGUUCCUCCCCGGCGGCGAGGGCGCGGACGUCGACCUCACCGGCGGUAAGGAGAUCAAGAUGAUGCCGUUCGGCGCCGGGCGGCGGAUCUGCCCGGGGAUGGCGCUGGCGCUGCUACACCUGGAGUUCGUCGUGGCCAACCUCGUCGCCGAGUUCGAAUGGCGAGAGGUGGCCGGCGAGCCGGUGGAAUUCGCCGAGAAGCAGGAGCUGUCCGUCGUGAUGCGGCGGCCGCUCCGUGCCAGCGUCGUCCGGUGCACAAGGAAUGAAAGAACGUGAGCUGCUGAGCCAACCUGACACAGUUCAUUGAAAAUAUUUCUGCUACCUGCUUGUUUGCUUGUUUACUGUACAUGGGUUUUUGACUCUGAAGAUGCAAGAGCUUUGGAAACUGCAAAGAGACCAAUUUGAAAGAUGGACACAAGCUCAUAGCUGAAGGUUGGCAUGUAAUUCAUACAUGAACGGUGUGUUUGUAACUUCUAAGACUGAAUCCAAGGAUCAGUAUUUCCUGUUUUCAUCGGAGCAACUGGUGACUAAAAGAGCUUUUCAA